AAUUUGGGACCGGACUUCGGAGGAUUACCCUCAUUUUAAAGUACCGGUAUUUCUCUGGCGUAGAAAUCAGCCGUCAGAGAACUCUACUAGUGACAAGAAUGAUUUAAUUAGUUAUCAUUUAGAUUAAAGGUAAUUAAAGAUAUUGUUUAUAGAAAAAAAAUUGUACUUCAGUGUUCAGGGCCGCGAAAAUGUGUAUGGCAGGAGUAUAAUAAUAAUAUUUAGUAGAAAAAAAAUACUUCUUAAUACUUAUGAUGUAAGAAACGUAAAUAUUACAUAGAUACUUCUUUUUAAAAUACGGAAUUGGGAUAAGUUUUCGCAAUAGCAGGUGGAAAUUAUCGCAAAAUGCCUGCCGUUAUUAUCUCGAUAACAUCGGGUGUUAUUUUCUAGUACAGAUAAUAAUGAAAAAUAGUUUUCUCUUCCAAAAGAAUUUUUAAUUUCGCUCUACUUAGUAUUUGUUCCACUUUCUAUUAGGAAUAUUAGUCUCUUGAAAUAAUAUAAUAUGACCAACGAACCUUAAAGUGAUACAUUUAAAUUGAGACAAGGAUACAGGCUAAAAAGCUAGGCCUAUGCCAGCUAGUAAGAUUAAUUCGCAUUUUAUAUUCGAAAGAAAAAUAGAAAGACCUACUUCCGGAUAAAUUGCGUUUCCUUUUCAACAGUAACUCAGCAGUUGGCAUAAGUACACGACCUCAGGCCUGAGAUAGAUAGCGUGGAAGAAAAUCUUCAAAAUGUCAUCAACAAAAGAAAGGGUUGCCACAGUGAUGACUGGCACGAGAAUAGCCUUUUAUUAUGGUUUUAUUCCAACAGUCCUCAUUUUAGGUAAUACUCACAUUUCACAUAGUCAUAGUUAGUAGUGAGUAACUAGUUGUAGUUUAGUAGGGCCUCUACCGUACUUUUAGUGACUUAUAAGUUACACUAUAUGGCUUAUACUAGUACUAGUCACUAGCGUAGUCAGUAUUUAUAUUUAUUCACUCAUCAUCAUGAUUGAUUGUGUUUGGUUCACUGCAGUGAAUAUGAAAUUAUUUCUUGAAAUUCUAAACCUGCAUCUGAAUCUAAAUUCAACCAAAUACCGCCAUUCCCAGUAGUGGCCCUGCCCUAGAAAGAAAUGAUUUGUAAAAACUGGCCAGGGCCAGAGGGAAUUAAAAUAAGGCUAGGAGUUAUAAUGCUGUGUCAGUGUGAUCUCCUUAAUAAUGAUGCAAGUACACACCCAAAGGACUAAGUUACUAAGUUAGGUCUAAAUAUUUAGGCUUUUGUUUUUAAAUUAUAAAAUUUAGUACCACACAAUCUAAUGAAAUAUGUACCUGUUAAACUUUUGAUUUUAUAUAAAUCGUUGCAUAUUAUUUGUUUAUAGGAUUCAUGAAAGGUGCUGAUGAGGGUACACCAUCUCUGUCUCUUCUCAGGUAUGCUGCAUCUUCUUAAAAAAUUUCGUACCGGGUACCUUUGUCUCUUUGCAACUUGAAUUUUUAAAUGAGUUAUUCUAUGAUCUAAUUCAAAUAUGUGGAUCUAAAAAUCACUUGCCGUAAUUACUAUGGAGACAGAGGGGGCUUAGAUUUAGAAAUGAACAACUUAAUAUCUAUUAAAUCAGUGGUAUCAAACUGAAUUAAUUCAAUUUUGCUUACUAAUAGUUAACAAAAUCAUCUUAUAAAAUGCUUAUUUAUGCUUCCAGUAUGAAAAUUUGUUACAAUUUGUAAGGAGUAUAUAAUAUAUAUUUUAAAUUUUACACAUUUUUUUCAAUCUCUCUUUGUCUAUGCAUGCUAUGAUGUGCCAUGCAUAUCUAUAAUUUUAGUGUCAAACAGUGUUGUUAAUACUUUUCAGUGGUAUUAUUAUUUACAGGAGCACAUCUUACUGAAGACCAGAAACCUUGUUGCUGUGUGAUGUUUGCACUCUAAUAAAAUUUGUUAUUAAAUGUCUAUUGCAGAGGUUCCCAAACUGUGCACUGGAUAGCCAUGGCUCCCUCAAUGGGGAGCUCCUAGGUAGCCAUUUCGUCCGUGCUACAACUUAUGUAUUACGUGAUCUGUUUACUUUAGCUGCCUGGAGUGCUCAUUGCCACUUAAUUAGGAUUAAUAUUACUAAGUUCAAAAUGAUAAACACCUAUAGCAAAACUUUUUGUCCAAUCUGCGCUAAUUAAGUACCGGGUAUGAAAUACAGCCAACUACUAGUACUUGGUUGAAAAUUCUGAUUUUCUGAGGGGCCAUUUUUAUUUAGGUUCAGAUGCUGAUUUUAUAUCUUUAGUAGAUCUUUAGUACCGGUAGAUUAGAUUAGUAGCUCGGUGAACUAUCUUAGUACUUUGUGUUAGUCUAUAAAUAGCUCUUGGUCACUUGCUGUUAUACUGUUGAAUUAGUUCUAGAAGAUUGUAUAAAAUUAAACUGAACAUUGUUAUUAAUUAAGCCAUGGGAAAUUAUUGAAGUUUUUAAUAUAAUUGAUAGUUUAAAAAAUGGUUGGUUUGUUAUUGAACAGCAAGCAUAAAUAUUUUAAUUAAAUCUGAUAUGGGGGUCUUUGGAAAACCUAGAUGCUCACUGAAAGUCAAAAAAGUUUGGGAACCUCUGCUUUAAGACAUGAAUGGGCAUAAAUAACAAUAUAUAUAAUAAGCUAUAAAUGUAAUCUGGGUUUAUUUUUGUUUGCAUUCUCUAGUCUACUCUGGCAUUGAGCCACAUCUCACCUUCACCAAGCUGCAGACCAAGAAGUAAUGGACUGACAAGUUUGCAAUGAGUGCAUCUAAAGAGAAUGCACAGGCAACUGGAUGGUGAUUGAUUGCCCAAUCAUACAUUAACACCUCACAGGAUGUUACUUGCUUUUUCAUUUGUUUUUUAAUCUUUACGUUUUAAAUAAAGUAAUUUUUUGAUUAAAA